GCUAGCGGCACACACAGUUGUCACUCGUCAGAGAGAGCGAGAGAGAGAGUGAGAGUGACAAACAGAGAGACUGAGGGAGCGAGAGAGUGGAGCAGAGCAGCAGCAGCUACGCGGAUGCCAGCGCAAAAAGAAAUGUAUACGCUAUAUGGAGGCGUUGAAUGGCAACGGCAAGGAGGACGGCAGCGGCAUGGACGAUGGCGGCAACAUGAGCCAACUGAGUGAGGACGAUGACGACGACGAUGAUAACUUGGGCGGCAGCUGUGGCAGCGGGGACGAGCAUAAUAAGACGGCGGACGAGGAUACGGAAUCGCUCAAUCAAUCGCUGUCCAGUCCGGGCUGCCUCAGUGGAUUGUCCAGUUUGCAGAGUCCCUCCACAAGUCUGGCCAGUCCGCUCAAUAUGCUGACGAGUCCGGCAACGCCAGCGGCCGUAACUGGCAUGCUCUCCGUAUCUGUUAGUCAGCAGUCCGAACAGCCGUCCAGUCAGUCCAGAUCUGGUUCCGGAUCAAGCAGUGGCUCAACCUGUAGCAUAAGCAACUCAGCGAAUACCUCCAGCACUGCAUCGCCAGCGACGACGGCGGCGGCGGCGGCGCGCGCCAUGAUGCUGGGCAAUCGAUUUAGCCAUCUAGGCAUGGGUCUCAGUCUUCCAGUGGGCGCGGCAGCGGCGGCGGCUGCCGCUGUAGCUGCCUCUGGUGGGGGUGGCAGCAAUCCCACCGACCAAAUAUUCCAGUCACAUCAGCAUCCCGCAGUCAGCAACGCAACUACCUCGUCGUCGUCAUCGUCGUUGGCCACGAACGACUUUAGCGGAGCGGUUGGCGUGCCCCCCAUGGGCAAGUCGCUGGUCUCCACGCUGGGGAGCGUCAGCAACAAAUCGGGCCUCCCCGGCCUGACCACAAUGCAUCGCAAUCCGAUUGGCGCCAAUCCGCGUGACAUUAACAAUCCGUUGAGCAUCAAUCAGCUGACCAAGCGGCGGGAGGACCAGAGCAUUGGAACGCUCGACGGCGUUUGCGACAGCAAUCGAGGUGGCGGCAUUGAUCCAGCGGUGCUGAGCGCCGCCAAUGCAAGUGCGGCAGCCGCCUCACUGUUGCAUCAUUCGACGCCGCCACCACCCCAUCCCUACCAUCCGCAUCACUCGCUCUUCAGCAGCAGCUUCAGCCAGCAUUUCCAACAGCAGUUUAGUCAUCAUCUGGCCAACUCCAGUGCUGCAGUAGCGCUGCCCGUCGAGGGACCCGCCCUAACAAGCGUCAAGCGUCGCAAUACCGGGGAGCCACCCACGGCCCCAACCAACGCCCCCACGCCCAGUGCGACAGAGACGGGAGCCAUCAGCGUAUCAUAG